AUGAUGGUCAGUUAUCAUGUGACCGUUGACACAAGCGGCCGUCUAUCAAUGGAGCUCUUAUAUUUUAUUAGUGCAUUUUUAAUAACAGGGUCUACAGCUAAUUGGGCUGCUGAUUAUGGACCAUUCAAAUCUGUUUUAUAUUCAAAUUGGAUAUCAUGUGACCACAAUAAAACUGACGAUUUGAUUGUGAAUGAAACACAGGUCUAUUUUUACGAUUUCCAAAACAAUUUCAACUUGAGUUAUACAAUUGAUGGUGCUGUGCAAGCAUUCACGAAUGUUUAUAACCUAGAUGUUUCGAGACGUCUCAUCGUAUUCGUUCCAGGGUAUAAAUCACACAUUAUAAAAAGCGCAUCAGAAAUUAUUCGUGCAGCUUUCAAAGAUGUGCCAAAUAUAUAUUUAAUUAUAAUAGAUCACUCAAUGUAUACUUCAGCUAACGGAGGAAAAUUAAAAAGCUAUGAGCGAUCAGUAUUUUAUGCUUAUUAUUUGGGAAAAGCUGUAGGAGAAUUACUUGUGAGACUUAGAAAUUUGGGAUUUUCAUCUCAGAACAUACAUUGUAUUGGUCAUAGCUUAGGAGGACAAAUUCUGGGAUACGCAGGAACAACCUACUUUAAUACAACUGGAGAGAAGGUCUCGCGGAUCACAGGUAUUGAUCCAGCCGGACCUUGUUUUUCUAAUGCAUUCAUUCAAGAGCAACUGAGAUCAGGAGUUGCCAACUUUGUAGAGGUAUAUCAUUGUAACGCCGGAAAUUUGGGCACCACAAGUGUUUUGGGAGAUGCAGAUUUUUUCUUUAAUGACGGAAAGAUUCAACCUCAUUGUGAUGCUAAUUUCUUUUCGAGCCUUGGAGAUUCUGAGGCAAAGUGCAGUCAUAAGUCAUGUGUGACAUAUUGGGCAGAAACUGUACACCAUCCAGGAUGGUACUUAGCAUGGAAGUGUGAUUCUUAUAAAGAAUUCUCCAAGGGUAAAUGUUCUGCCAAUGAAGUGACGAUUGCUGGAUACUCAAAUCCAGGGAAUGCCACCGGUGUAUUCUAUGUAUCUACAGAAACCUAUGGAGUAUUU